AUGGCCGCCCCGACGGUGCCGGCGGCCCUGCCCGCCGCCCGGGAGCACGGCCUGGCCCUCACCCGCGACUACAGCGGCAGCCCCCGGCUGACCUACAAGACGGUGUGCGGGGUCAACGGGCCGCUGGUGGUGCUGGACAACGUGAAGUUCGCCCAGUACGCCGAGAUCGUGAACUUCAUGCUACCCAACGGCACCAGCCGCAGCGGGCAGGUCCUGGAGGUGAUGGGCUCCAAAGCCAUCGUCCAGGUGUUUGAAGGAACAUCUGGGAUCGACGCCAAGAAGACCUCCUGCGAGUUUACCGGCGACAUCCCGACCCCGGUUUCUGAGGACAUGCUGGGUCGGGUCUUCAACGGCUCUGCCAAACCCAUCGACAGCGGUCCCCCGGUGAUGGCUGAGGACUUCCUGGACAUUAACGGCCAGCCCAUCAACCCCCACGGCCGCAUCUACCCCGAGGAGAUGAUCCAGACUGGGAUCUCGCCCAUCGACGUGAUGAACAGCAUCGCCCGGGGCCAGAAGAUCCCCAUCUUCUCCGCUGCUGGCCUCCCCCACAACGAGAUCGCCGCGCAGAUCUGCCGACAGGCCGGCCUGGUGAAGAAGUCCAAAGACGUGGUGGACUAUCACGAGGACAACUUUGCCAUCGAUGGGACAGCCCAGCCGACCUCGGCAAAGCCUGUGAACAUGGAGACGGCCCGCUUCUUCAAGUCGGACUUCGAAGAGAACGGCUCCAUGGAGAACGUCUGCCUCUUCCUCAACCUGGCCAAUGACCCCACGAUCGAGCGGAUCAUAACCCCCCGCCUGGCCCUGACCACCGCCGAGUUCCUCGCCUACCAGUGCGAGAAGCACGUGCUGGUGAUCCUGACGGACAUGAGCUCCUACGCCGAGGCCCUGCGGGAGGUCUCAGCAGCCAGGGAGGAGGUGCCCGGCCGCCGCGGCUUCCCCGGCUACAUGUACACCGAUCUGGCCACCAUCUACGAGCGGGCCGGGCGCGUGGAGGGCAGGAACGGUUCCAUCACGCAGAUCCCCAUCCUGACCAUGCCCAACGACGACAUCACCCACCCCAUCCCCGACCUGACAGGCUUCAUCACCGAGGGGCAGAUCUACGUCGACCGGCAGCUCCACAACAGGCAGAUCUACCCCCCCAUCAACGUGCUGCCCUCCCUCUCCCGCCUGAUGAAGUCGGCCAUCGGGGAGGGCAUGACGAGGAAGGACCACGGCGAUGUCUCCAACCAGCUGUACGCCUGCUACGCCAUCGGGAAGGACGUGCAGGCGAUGAAGGCGGUGGUGGGGGAAGAGGCGCUCUCGCCCGAUGAUCUGCUCUACCUGGAGUUCCUGCAGAAGUUCGAGAAGCAGUUCAUCACCCAGGGUCCCUACGAGAACCGGAGCAUCUUCGAGUCCCUGGACAUCGGCUGGCAGCUGCUGCGCAUCUUCCCCAAGCAGCUGCUGAAGCGCAUUCCCGAGAGCAUCCUGGCCGAGUACUACCCACGCGAGGCCAAGGCGCUGGGCCAGGGGACAGCCAGCACGCUCCUCUAA